GGAUCAUUGGCCGGAUCCAGUUUUCACCGGCCGGUCCGGCCCGGUUUUAAUAACAAUGCUACAAACAAGAGCCAUCUUCCCCUUUCCCCAUUCCAAAAAAGAACAAGAGGGAAAAAUCCGAAAAUGAGAGGCGCAGAGUUUGGGAAUUGACCAAGUCAGGGAGGUCCAGCAGGUGGAUUAUGGAGUUCUGUUCUAACAACAAAGAAACUACCCUACACCCAAAUUUAGCUUUAACAAAAACUAUUCCUCUGCAUUUCUAUCUGUCUCUCUUCCUUCAAUCAAAUUUGGGAGGAAGGUACAUUUGCUAAUUUUCCUCUCCUUUCUCCAUUUCUUCACUUGGGGACAGCAAACCCCAACACCCAACAAAGGCAAAAUCAACCCCAAAAAAGGGUAAUCAAACAGAAAAAACAAAAAAAAAAACGAAAUACCCAUCUUCCCUCCCUAAAAGAACAAACAACAGAAAGAAACAAGAAAUCAAUCCAAUCCCUCUGGACCUCUGUUUUCCAGCAACAGAAGCCCUGCCUCGACCCCUGUUUAUCUGCACCUAUGGGGGUUGACGGUGGCGAUUGAAGGAGGCGUCUGCAGCUGCGGCAGCUCGGCGAAAAUGGGAAGCGACACGACGAUGAGGAAAGUCAUGGUGGUGGUCGACCCCAGCAGGGAGGCGGCCGGCGCCCUUCAGUACGCAUUGUCCCACGUCGUCACCGAGAAGGACGAGCUGAUCCUGGUCCACGUCGAGACCCAGAACUCCUGGAAGAACACCUUCUCCUUCUCCUUCCUCCGCCGGACCGGCAUCUUGAUCCCCGCCGUCAACAACAACAACAACAACAGCAGCCUUAAUAACAGCAACCAGUCCUCGUCGGGCGGGGAAGGGAUGGUGGAGGGAGAGGUUGAUUUCUUGGAGGCGAUGAGGCAGCUGUGCGAGGCGGCCAGGCCGCGGCUGAAGGUGACGGUGGAGAGGCUGCAGAUGGGUGCCAAGGACAAGGCCAGCGUCAUCCUGUUCAAGAGCACCGCCAUGAGCGUCGACCAUCUCAUCAUCGGCCAGAAGAAGAGCCUCUCCAGCGUCUUGUUAGGGAACACGAAAUACAAGAAGCCAGGAGGGCUAGGGCCGAAAUCGAUGGACACGGCGGAGUAUUUGAUCGAGUACAGCAAGUGCAAUUGUGUGGCAGUGCAGAAGAAGGGACAAACUGGAGGAUACCUGCUCAAUACAAAGACCCAGAAGAACUUCUGGCUACUUGCAUAACCUAACCAUAACCCAACCUCCUGUUAAUUCAUAUACAUAAAUCAUAAUGUAUGUUUUUUUUGGAGGUAUUCAAAUCAUCAAUUUCCUGUUUGGUAAUUGAAGUUUUUCUUAAACCCUAAAAAUUACGAAUUGUUCGUUUUCGUUUCUCAUCCGACUCGGUGAGUAAAUAUAUUAUUGUGUUUUGCCCAGAAACAUCAUGAUCACAGGGGAGCAUCUCCAAAUUUUAGUUGAUUCUCAAGCUUUGUUCAAUACCUUGCAACAAUCAAUGAAUCAAUGGGGGUUAUAUAG